AUGCUCAAAAGGAGCAGAACUAUCGGGAGGUGGAUGAGCAGUUGCAUCAAGCGCAAUUGCUUUUGGAGGAUCAGACACGGCGGGAGAAAGACUUCCUGCGCGCCCAGGCUUCACAGGCCAAAGAGGUUGCAGCUGGUCGCUGGGAUCAGCACCUAA